AUCGUUCUCGACCUACACAUCACUACUCAAUAACCCAGCAUCAAUAACCUAGCACCCAGCAUCAAUAACCCAGCACUCUUUAAAGAAAACAGCCCAACUAAGUGAGCCAAAGCCUGCAACCCAGCAGUUGGGUCAACCAAACAACCAAGCAUUUUUGUGUGUACAAAAUGUAAAAGCAUUGAGUCAGGUCUCUCAAAUCGAGUUAGUACAUCGUGAGCUAAACAACAAAAUUAGCCUUGGACCUGCAAGAAGAGAGAGUAAUCGCGCGACUCUGAUCUGGGCAGCGUGGGUUCUGAUUGGACGCAAAGACCACGAGCUCCGUGUGAUGUUGUAUUACUGCACGAGCUCUGCUGUAGCAGUGCGUGGUUAUUACUGCAAGACGAUGGAAACUAUUUGAAGACGAAUUGCGAAUAGAAAGCUAUGCAAUACUGACGGUGUAGAAUUCAUUGCAGCCAAGCAGGUCAAACGAAUAUAAUAGAUAAUAUAGUAAUUUAUCAACCUCCGCUCAUAUCUUCUCCCUUUGUUUUCAUACUGUAAAGAUAAAAGUACAUGCGUGCGUUACUCAAUUUCCAAGUUUAGGCUACUGUGCAACUGUUAUGGCUACAUUCUGCCAAACGUUAAUGUUACAUAGUGUCAAGGAGACGUUGUUUAAGUGAAACAUUAUUCUGUGAAGUAAUGGGUUCUAAGUUGACCAGGCAGAGUAGUCUGGACCAAAUAGAAACCACAUUUUCCAAGAGGAGACGCCAGCGGCAUGACAGCUCCAGAGAAACCGAGAGGAGUGGAGGCAAUGGUGGCGGAGAGUUCUUGUUUACAUCCCUGAUUCUAAAGUCCGACAAGCUUCCAGGGAUGCUGCGAAAAACCAACCACAGCCCCUACGUGAGACGGGUGGCAUGGAUCCGGGAAAUACAGAAGCUUAUCCGAGAAGAGAAACAAGAACAAGCAGUCGAAGUGCUCAAAUUGCUAAGAAAGGACUUGGGACUCCAGGGAACAUCCCUUAAUGAUAUCCUCUAUAAGAAUGCAGCCUUUCUCAACCUGGUGGAUCCAAUCUCCCAUGAGCUCCUGCUCAGCCUGGCCAAAGACAUGCAGUGCCCAAAGAGGGAGAAGGACACCCUGAAGUCGUCCGACAAGAUCUGCAGACAGCUGAUAUUCCACCUGACCCCUCACUCCAAGUGGAUGAGACAGAGCGUGCCCAGGAGGAAGUCGCAGGCCUGUCUUAAAACCACACUGAAGAAGAAACUGACCAACGAUGUGGUCAACCUGUCUGGCAUCCCUCUAUCUGGCCGAGACGUCCACCGGGUGGCCUACUACCUCCGAAGUAACGGCGAUUCUGUGUCGGCCGUGGACCUCAGCUUCACCGAGCUGCAGGACGAGAGCCUGUGCCUGCUGCUACCCCACCUGGGCUCCAUGCCCAAACUCACCACCCUGGCCAUCAACGGCAACCGUCUGACGGUGGGCGUGCUGAAGGACCUGACGGAGAUGGUGAAGAACCCCCUGCAGUUCCCCAGCCUGGCCUGGGUGGACCUGGGCAACAACGUGGACAUCUUCACUGUGCCACAGCCUCUCCUAGUGGCCCUGCGCAGACGCUUCGGCCUCCGGAGCAGCCUGCCCACAAUCUAUGAGUACAGUGAGGUGCAGGCCUAUAGUAGUUAUACCCUGGAGACGUCUAUUGAAGAACCCAGCCUGUAUGAAGAGGAGGAGGGGGGAAAGAGGGAGGAGGAGGAGGGGGAAGAGAAUGAGGAUAAGCUGGAGUUGGAGGCGUGGGGUGUUGGGGAGAAGCUUGGGGGGAAGGUUGUAUCCACGAAUGUGGCUCUGCACUACUGUGAGAGGUGAAUGGUCAGAGCCAGCAUUGUGUAUUGACAAAUCUUUGUACCCUACUGUACCCUCACCUUGCCCUGAGUCCUGCCUCCCGUGUCAGCAUGCGUCAUCAUGACAGGAGAAGCUUGGGGUCACCAAUUUCAUAAAACACCCACUAGGAGAAAACACUGUGUUGUGUUGUCCCUUUGUAUGUUCCGAUUGCAGAGAGCUAAAGACAGUUUCAGGAAAAUGUACAGUUCUUUUGUUGGUACAGACAUUGGUAUCCUAGGCACUGCAGUGACGUUGUUACUGUGUCGUCCUCCGAAUGUCAUUAUUUAUGAGCAAAGGAAUCUUAAACAACAGGAACAAGACAGAUUAGAUUUCACCUGACUGUUUUGGCUUUCUAAUGUCGAGUACUUUUUUUCUAAUGUAUUGAGGUACUUUCAUGUAGCACAUGCAGACUGGAUCACACAGUGGGAGGGUUUGUUUGCAUAAAUAUGCUGCUGUGUUUUAUUGCACAACACACAACAUUGACUAAACGCUGUUUUCAGAACAGAUGGUUUUAAUUCACCAGAAUCCCAUUCAUCAAAGAAGAGUUAUUAUUUUCUAAGUAGAGCAGCCCCGGUGAGGCUGUGAACGUCUGAGUGAGCCUCAGCCGGCGAGUUCUGGGUCGGGCUGCCCUGGCCUGGGAGCUGGGGAGAGGACACCCAGUCUGUCUGUCUGGGAGGGUUUGGGUCGGGCUGCCCUGGGCUGGGAGCUGGGGAGAGGACACCCAGUCUGUCUCUCUGGGAGGGUUUGGGCAGCUGAUGAACUGAUUGCCUCCUCUGUCAGGUCGUGUUAGAGGUGACCAGAGACAGAUGCUGAGGAGAUUAACCAUUUUUCUCAUAGCAAAACGGAAUGAUCUCUCGAGUGCAUCUUCCACCGUUGGUUAUGUGGAAGAUUAUAUUUGUGAAUCGUACCAUAUAUAAAUAAAAUGUGCCCUACUUGUUCAAAUGAAAGGCAAAAAUAUUGAGAUGAUGAAUGAAUUUGUUUUUUGUUUCCUCUGUACUGCUGUUUGCGCAUAAUAUGAGGAUCAGAAGAAGCAUGUUACAGGUGUCCAUCACCUGUUCUCUUUAGACGUUCUGUUCAGUGUUUAUUUUGAGCAUUAUUUUCUAUCUUUUUUUUAACUGACAUGACUGUUUACUGCAGCUCAACAAUAGUCUGCAGAGAUAAAGUUUUAAAUAAAUUAUUUAUAUUGUGUGUGUGUGUACUUGUUUGUGCACUCGUGUGGUUGUCUAUGCGUGUCUGUGUGCACAGUUGUGUGGGUGUGGAUGUAUGUGUUUGUGAGUGCUCUGGAAUUACCUGGUGUCCUCUAGAAACUGUUGUUUACUCGUUCGCACUUUGAAUACAAGUACAAGUCAAUGCCUGUUUAGACUGGCUCUAUCCAGUCACAACUCUCUAAAUGAAUGUCCACCAGAAUGAAUUGAUCUUCAUCCAAACCGCUAUAGUCACUAUGGCUUCCAACAUACUGCAUUUGUCUCUGCUUCCCACCUCAGUCUACUCUACAGUAACAAAUGAUAGAAUACAUGUUAUGACUGUUCUUGCUUACUGUAACAAAAUAAAUACAUGUCACAAUUCCA